AUGUCCGCACCCUCAGGCUCAACCGACAGCGACGGCUUCAUUGUGCCUCCCCCACCAGCCAAGAGACAGCUGAAACCCACAAGCUCAGUACCGACAACCACAGAAUUCUACGGCGAGAAACAUGGUAUAUCGGCGGAUUUGCAGGCAGCUCUGCAGAGUGUAGGAAGGAGGGGGAGACAGAACGUAGCAAUGGGUCAUGCAACCCAUCGUGCAUUCGAGCGAACUCAAUCUGUCCCAUCACACGUUCUCUCCUCAUCCGCACUGCCAAACGCAGGAUUCACCACAGCCUUAGAUGCAAUGUCGCACGCUCAUGGAAUUAUUAGCAAAGAAGCCUUGCGCUCAAGAGAGCUGCAACCAUUCUACUCGGGUGGAUCGGAUGAGAACAAGAAUGUGGAUGGUCUGUCACUAUCACCAAGAGGACGGAAUAGGCGAUUGAAGUUCAAUGAGGACGGUGAAGUUGAAGAAGAAGUCGAGGAACCCCUUUUCCCUUCUUCCAAAUCAGCUGGGCAAACAAGAGAAGCUACUCAUCUUACGGCGGCUAGGAAGAGGAGAUCAUCGCCUGCUGAACCGACCAGUGAUACUGAGACUGAGACUGGAGACGAAGACGGAGAUACCCCUUCCUUCGCACCGAUUUCGACAUUCACAAGUAACGCAUCGGACUUCCCAUCAGUAUUCAAAUCACCAGCGAUGACUCAGCCAGAGCUGUUCGGUCCGACAGGCUCAACAUCCAAGGCUUUCCCAAGUGCUUUCAAGGGUGUGAAUGCGAGGGAACUACGAGGAUUGCCAGGUGCAAGGAAGUUGGGCUUUGGAAAAGCCAUGUCUGCUCCUGUAGGAAGUUUGGGGGGUUGGGGAAUGGACGUUGAUAUGUCUUCUGGUGGAGAUGAGAAAGUUAAUGGGGGAGAUGAAGACGGGUUUGAUAUCAAGGAAUGGGCCGAGAAUGAGCAGUUUUAG